GUGCUGCUCUACAGCCUCGUGGUCGUCGUGGGGCUGGCGGGCAACUGCUUGCUGGUGCUGGUGAGCGGGCGGGUGCGCCGGCUGCACAACGUGACCAACUUCCUCAUCGGCAACCUGGCCCUGUCCGACGUGCUCAUGUGCAGCGCCUGCGUGCCGCUCACGCUGGCCUACGCCUUCGAGCCGCGCGGCUGGGUGUUCGGCGGCGGCCUGUGCCACCUGGUCUUCUUCCUGCAGCCCGUCACCGUCUACGUGUCCGUGUUCACGCUCACCACCAUCGCGGUGGACCGCUACGUCGUGCUGGUGCACCCGCUUCGCCGGCGCAUCUCGCUGCGCUCCAGCGCCUACGCGGUGCUGGGCAUCUGGGCGCUGUCCGCGGUGCUGGCGGUGCCCGCGGCCUUGCACACCUAUCAUGUCGAGCUCAAGCCGCACCGCGUGCGCCUCUGCGAGGAGUUCUGGGGGGCCCAGGAGCGCCAGCGCCAGCUCUAUGCCUGGGGACUGCUGCUCGUCACCUACCUGCUUCCCCUGCUGGUCAUCCUCCUGUCCUACGUCCGAGUGUCGGUGAAGCUGCGAAACCGCGUGGUGCCGGGCUGCGUGACCCAGAGCCAGGCCGACUGGGACCGCGCGCGGCGCCGCCGCACCUUCUGCCUCCUGGUGGUGGUGGUGGUGGUGUUCGCCAUCUGCUGGCUGCCGCUGCACGUCUUCAACCUGCUGCGGGACCUGGACCCUCUCGCCAUCGACCCCGACGCCUUCGGGUUGGUGCAGCUGCUCUGUCACUGGCUCGCCAUGAGCUCGGUCUGCUACAACCCCUUCAUCUACGCGUGGCUGCACGACAGCUUCCGCGAGGAGCUGCGCAAGCUGCUGCUGGCCUGGCCCCGCAAGAUCGCGCCGCAAGGCCAGAGUAUGACCGUCAGCGUGGUCAUCUGAGGCCACUGCACCCCGCCUGGGCUGGGGAGCUCCACGACCCCUGGUCUCUGAGGGUGCCCACCGCGGCUGGGCUGGAGGGCUUGUUCCCAGCUCCAGAGCUAAGCCAGAUGGGCCAAACUUCCAGCCCAGCCCCCUUGUCUAGCAGCUUUGCCUUGUCCUUGAGUCUUUGUGAAAUGUUAAGUGGGCUUUGGUGCAAGUGCUUUGCUUGGAGGAGGCCCCGGGAGAGGAAAGGGGAUUUAUUAUUUGUCUCUUUAUGCGUUAAAGGCCAAACAAAGCUCCUGGGUUUUAAAAUAGUGUUUCCGAACCGUGGCUGCCUCCCAUGCCUUGCCUCCUGUUUGCUCAAUGGUGAGAUGAGAAGGAACAAUGCGGGUAGGAGUUAAAGUGACUGCGUAGGAGUUUGGCAAAGCUCUUCAGUUUGCCUUUUAAAAUGGAUGCAAUUUUUAAGGCUGAGGUAUAAUGCCUGAUAUUGCUUCCCUAAUUUGAACCCACUUAUUUCUAAAAUUCUGGGGACAUAGGCAUUCCCAACCUACAGCUAGGAUGCUAGCAUUUCCUGAACAAGACCUUGAUACAUCAUUUUCAUUUGAAAUCCACUUGCAUUUAUAGUAUAAAACACUUAAAAACGACCUUUGAAAAGGUCUUGCUGUUAUGUCCCCCCUCCUCAUCCCCCACUUUUAUUUGAAAAUGAUGAGAUAAAUUAGUUAGUGAAGAGAUAAAUAAACAGGAAUAAAGAGGAAAAGGUACCAGUCACUUAAGGGGACAGAUAGCCGUGCAGAGGACAGACCUCCUAUCUGUGUAUGUUUGUGUAUACACACCCAGUGCUUGCCACUGGUGGGCACUCACAUAUUUGCUUUCCUGAACAUGCAGUGGCAGCUCAUGCCACAGCAUUCUCCUGCAUUCUCCAAUCGCUUGGCCGCAGCGGAUCCACAGCUGUCUUCCAGCCACUCAGCACCUGCUCUGCAGUGACACACUUGGAGCAUGAUCAAUCCAGAUGACAAGGACUGGGAGAAGUUUCCUUAAGGCCCAAUCAGAAAAAUAAGCAGUCACUCACAGGACACCCAGAUCAAACACGUAAUUCCUUCCACACAGGGUUAAGGGGACAGGUGAAGGCCGUUGGGCCACGAUACCAUGCUGCUAAUUCUCACCUUAACCUCCCGAGGACCUUCUGUAAAUGAGGACAAGUGCCCCGUGACAAGGGUUUCCACACCUAUGUUGGGACAGUGAGUGGGCAGUGAGGGCAGGCGUGUUAGGAAAUGACACCUGAAAUCCAGCUGUCAGAUCAGCCCCCCUGGCAUGCAGGGCCUGAGCUAUGUCUGCAGCCUCUCGGUUACCAAGUGUAAGAUUCCAGGGCCGCCACAGCUCACUAAGCAGCUGAAUCCGUGUUUCCCCACCUCCCCUUCUCUUACUCCCGGAAAGGAGCGCAUUCACUCAUUAAGGUGUUCCCUGAAAGGAAGCUAAAGAGGGGGCGACUUGGGGAUGACUAGGAUUCGAUGCUAUUACUCCAGUGCCAACAGCCAGGAUGGAAGAGUGAGGAUUGGUGGUUGGGCUAGUUAUCAAUCCGAGUCUUUAGUAGGUAUAUGGCUCGAGUGUUUGAAGCAUGGGGAAGGGGAGGAAAAGCCUGGCUUGGGAGAAAGGAAAACACAGGUUAACUCGGGAGAUGCAAGUUACCUUUGGCAAUGACACUGACAUGAGCGGUCGGCUUCACCUGCGGGACGUGGAGAACAAAGACCCUGUGCUCUAAUAAUGCAGCCCGCCCACAACGUUGUGUUCCCCCCCCCUCCCCCACCGUGGACUCAUCUCCCAGGCACCCCAGGGACAGGCUCCUGUGCUUCCAGCAGUUCCAUUAC